AUGGCCGGCGGUAUUUCAGUUCGCGACGUCGAUGCGCAGAAGUUCAUCGAGAACUAUGCUAGCUUUCUGAAGCGACAAGGAAAGCUCCCCAUUCCAGGUUGGGUUGAUACAGUCAAGACUGGACCUGCCAAGGAACUUCCCCCUCAGUCGAUUGAUUGGUUCUACGUCCGCGCAGCUGCCAUUGCUAGGCACGUCUAUCUUCGCAAGACUGUCGGCGUAGGCAGACUCCGCAAGGUACACGGCUCGCCAAAGAACCGCGGAUCCCGACCUUCCCACCACGUCAACGCCAGCGGCAGUGUCGACCGUAAGGUUAUGCAGUCAUUGGAGAAGAUUGGAGUUCUGGAGCAGGAUGAAGAAAAGGGAGGACGACGUAUCACUCAAAGCGGUCAGCGUGAUUUAGAUCGUAUCGCACAGACUGUACAAGAAUCCUUGGAGGGUGACGAUGAGGACGAUGAGUAAAUCACUUCAUUUCGGUCUAGGCAUUUGGAGUUGGCAGCAUCUGGCUUCUAGUAUUCGCGAAGAAUAAAAGCUUCUGACACCAUUGCAAUGCCGUAUGUGAUCGUGAUGCUUCGUGAGAUAUUCUCUCCUGUGUCUCGAAAGACUAAUCUCAGCUCCUUGAUUUUAUGUCUAGGCGACAAAUCAGACAUGCGUAGUUCACUGUUAAGACAUUCAUGGUUCUAGAAGGCGACCUGAAGCAUUGACCUACAAAUCAAACACGUCACACCGUUACCUUUGAGCACGGUUUGAUCCAGUAUCUUAGUCUCUUGAUGCAUGCUUGAUUCUGAUAGGAUAUCCAAGAUUUGAUGUUUUCAUUGUAUGUUGAAUUAAUCACACCCUUUGCUCAAAGGACAUGUGCUGGCGAUCA